AUGGCACUACUUCUUGUGUCCUUCAUCCUAGCCUGGCUCUUCAUUACACCCUUUGCAACUUACCUAUACGAUCCCAAACGCUUACGAAAGUAUCCCAACCAGAACUUCUUAUCAGGGCUUACAAGUCUGGCAUACGUCUACGAGCGACGCAAGUCUUUCCGAACGCGAGACCUCCGUAUCCAGCACGAAAGACACCCCAUCCUUCGAACUGGCCCCAGUGUCUUAUCCUUUGGCAGCGUGAGCGCAAUCAAAGAUAUCUAUGGGCACGGGUCUCCUUGUCUCAAAGACGACGUGUAUAAACUGAUCACCGGAGACCAUCCUCAUAUCCUCAACGUCGUGGACAAAGACGACCAUGCUCGCAAACGCCGCAUGCUGUCCAAUGCAUUCGCGACUCGAAAUCUCGAGCAAUGGGAAUUCAAAAUCACGGACAAGGUCGAGAAAAUGGUCACGCAAUUUGAUAAACGAUGCACCAAUCCGCUCGUCGGCUCGGAAGUCUGCCCGGAUGAAUUGACAAUUGAUUUUCGGCGGUGGUCGAAUCUUUUCACGUUUGAUGCGAUCGCUGAUAUUGCUAUGACUGAGCGCCUGGGCUUGAUUGAGUCCGGGACUGACCUGGUCAAAUGCAAUGUGGGAAAUGGUGUGCAGAGUUUGAGCCUGAUUGAGAGCUUGCAUUGUGGAGGCCGCGUAGUCUCUCGAUUUGUCGGAGCCGCUGAUUGGUUUCACCUUCUGAAAGGCCUGGCUAAGAUAUUUUCCCCGCAUUUCCGAGCGCACUCAGACGACUUUGGGCAUAUAGUCAAUAUGCUGACCGAUGCGAGAUUGGAGAAACAUCAAAAGGGCGAAAAGCUGAGUGACUUCCUGGGUUGCCUUAUUGAGGACCGGACGGGGAAGAACCGGGGUCUCGACCGUGCCGAGAUAAAAGCUGAAACAAGCAUUCUGUUGGAUGCGGGAUCUGAUACCACUGCGAUCGCUUUGACUAAUGUCCUUUACUAUUUGAUCAAGCACCCGAAUGCCCUUCGCAAGCUCCGGGAGGAAGUGGACGUCAUACUAACUGGAGAAGAGAUUGCCCCAUAUGCAAAAGUAAAAAGUCUUCCGUACCUGAGAGCCUGCCUCGACGAAUCACUACGAAUCUCUCCUCCCCUUCCUCGAGGACUCGAGCGAAAGACGCCCCCGCAAGGCAUGGAGAUUAUAGGGGAGCAAAUCACAGGCGGUGUCACUGUUUCAGUCCCGGCCUAUGUCGCUCAUCGUGACCCGAUUUUGUUUCCCAAGCCGGACUCAUACAUGCCCGAACGAUGGUUGGACGAGUCGGAGGCUACGAAGGAUAUGAGGGCCGCCUUCAUCCCAUUCACCACCGGGGCACGAGCAUGUCUUGGACGAAAUAUUACGAUGAUGGAACAGCAGAUUCUCGUUGCGACAUUGGUCCAUCGAUAUGACUUUGCGCUUCCGUCUAAUGACUGGAACUUGGAUUGGGAAGAAGCAUUUAAUUUGUGGCCGGCGAAAAUGCCGUUGAAAAUCUGGAGGCGUGAAACACAGGAGGCGUAG